AUGUCAGCCUCCUCGGCUGCCAAAGGCAAAGCACGAGCCAUCGAUCCAGAGCUCGACUGCCACAAUGCAGCACCAACCACCGACGCAGGUCUAUCCCGACACAUCAAACCACAACCCAUCCCAUCAACAACCCUACUCAAUAUAGAAUACCCCGGCAUCCUCUCAUACGACUCAUCUUAUUCCCCUCGUUCAUACCCUAGCCUCGACCGCGCGCUAUCCACUUUACAUCCAUCAGCACUACCACCUUUGACAAGUAGCUCCUGUGAAGGGCUCAAUUUCCUUUCGAAGAUCCCGAACGAGGGGGUUAGGCUCGUCGAGUGUCGGCUGGGCGGGUUUGGUGAUCAGAACAAGGCAGGGGGAUCUUCUUCGAGUGCGAGUGCGGGAAGGAUCGACGAUGUGUACAGAGCACCGUUGAUCGGGGAGGCUGUUCCGACGAAUAAUGUUGUUAUUAGGGUUGUUAAGCGGGUCUGGAGGCAGAAGAAGCGGAAGCGAGCAUCUUUUUGCUCCCCCUCCCCACGGACUGCAGGACUUCAGCAGGACGUUAUGGCUCUCGAUCCAGCACUCUUUGCCGAUACCGAAGCUUCUCCAGCCGAGCAGCCAGCAAACGGCCACAUCGACCCUCCAAGCAAGCAGGAUCGCUAUACAGGUGGAAUCAAGAAAGAGUACUGCAUCGAAAUUCUCGGUCUAGCCACCAACACAGUGCGGUUCCGAAGUAUGGCAGACUUUGCUUUUCAGCCUUCCAUCUCCACCUCCUCUACCUCUGAUCCUGGAGCGGUACAGCAACUCGAUCCAGUAAUGUCCCUCCACAAAGCUCUGGCGACAAUGGAUCUCGAAGCGUUCCAAAACUUUCGUGUUCCUGCACAACUCGAAGACUAUCAAAUCCCAGAUCCCCCCACCGGUCAACUUAGGAGCAACCUACACAUGGUCCCUCCAGCCUUCUUCAGCCGCAUGGACGUACCUUUCAAUUAUGGGUUUCAACAAACUCCAUAUAGCGAAUUACGAACCGUCGCCGCGCCUCCGCAUCUCCGCAAACCUCCAGGCGCUACAUCCUUCGCACAUGCACUCAAACGAGACGAUCUUGCACCAGGCCAAAUGCAACGUUUCGUUAACCGCGUAAGACUAUCCAACAUCGCUCCUCAACCUUUCAGGCCUGGUAGGGAUACCAAGAUCCCAACUAAAGCGAUGCAAGAUGUGAUUAGGAUCGAACAUCGAUGUGAUCCCGCUGUACUCGCUCGGCUGAAGGAGUUGCUGAAUGAAAGACCGAUUUGGUCGCGAGUAGCGCUGAAGAAUCAACUCAGCGAUGCGGAAGUGAGGGAGUUACACGGGUAUAACGAGAAGGUUUACUAUGCGCUGGUGGGGUAUUCGAUGGUUGGUGGACCUUGGAGAGAUGCGAUUGUGAGGUUUGGGUACGAUGUAAGGAAGAAUGCAGAUAGUAGGAUUUAUCAGAGGAUUUUUCUUCGUGGGGGGCCAGCGACUCGCGAAUCCAGGCUCAACCAGCAAGGCGGGGCAGAUAAAGAAGAAGAUCAGGGUGAAGAAGACGACGCAGACGAACAACCCCCUCCACGUUCCAGCACCGUCCCUAUCCCAGGCAAGGAGAGAGCGAGAAACACACACAUCUUCGACGGAGUCACUCUCCAUCGCAACAUCGGCAAUUUUCAUUUGUGCGAUAUCGAAGAUCCCCUCAUCAUGCCGUUUAUUUGGCGAGGCAAUGAUGAGGAUCUGCCCGCAGAAUCGGUGCUACCGGAGAACGGGAUGCAGUUGGAACCGAUGGGGAUAGAGUGGUUGAGAAAAACAUGGGAUGCCGAAACGGGAUGGUAUACGAAGAGGGCGUUGGAGUUGAUCCGUGCGUUACUGGGGGCGAGGUUUAAGGCGUUAGCUGAGACAGGGAGGGCGUUGGAAAAGGAAGCUGUGGAUGGGAUUGUGGGGAGAUUGAGGAGGAGGUGGAGUGAGGAAGAUCUAGCAAUGGCGGACAGUAGAGGAGAAGGGGAAGUGGAUGGUAUGGAGGAGAAUGCGGGUGCUGGGGCAGGAAUGGGGUUGCCUACUGAUCCUGCUUUCACGUAA